GUUUAGGAUGACGUACAGUAACUUUGUGUUUAAUCAUUUGGAUCCUUGGCUUUUGUCCUCCUUUUACAGAUAGAGGGACACCAGUAUUUGCGUUAGUACCUGAGGACACUGCUGUUUUAAUUAUUGAGAUGAAAAUCCAUUUUUAAGAUUGUAAGGAUAAUGUAUUACCUUGGCGUUUACCUUUAGAAGAAGCUGAGUUGGACUAUUAUGGGUGCAAAGAUCAUCAUGGAAGUAGCUAACAGUUUCUCGUUUUACUGGAAUGGAUUACACAUUGUGCCUUGAAUGCACUUUCAACAUUCAACUUCUGUAAGCUACAUUGCACAGCUCUCUUUGGAGAUCACCAAACUCUGAAAAUACUUUUUUUUUUUUUUUUUUUAAAGUACUUCUAUUUAGGACAUUAACUAGUUAUUCAACAUGGCUCUCAUGAAGGUAAAGUUUGACCUGAAGAAGCGGGUAAAGCUGGCCCAGAUGCUAUGGCUCAUGUACUGGUUUUCCAUUAUGGCUGGUGUACUAAUCUUCAGCAUGGGCCUUUUCUUUAAAAUAGAACUGCGCAAGAGAAGUGAACUUAUGGACAACAAUGAGAGUCAUUUUGUACCCAACAUUCUAAUUGGUGUGGGACUUUUGGCAUGUUGUCUCAAUGCCUGUGGGGGCAAAAUCUGCUACGACUCGCUCGACUCCACCAAGUUUGUGAAAUGGAAGUCCAUUUUGAAGCCCUUUCUCAUUUGUUGUUUGUUCUUCAACUUCCUCCUCAUUGUCACAGCGAUGAUGUGUUUUGCCAUGCGCAUUCCUCUAGAGUUCACACUUGCUGAGGGCCUGAAAAAUGGAAUGAAGUACUACAAGGACACCGAUACACCCGGACGCUGCUACAUGAAGAGAACUCUGGAUCUCAUGCAGAUGGAGUUCCGCUGCUGUGGGAACAACAACUAUAAAGAUUGGUUCGAGAUCCAGUGGGUGAGCAACCGAUACCUGGACUUCAGCUCUAAGGAAGUCAAAGACCGAAUCAGCAGCAAUGUGGAUGGAAGAUACCUAUUGGAUGGCGUUCCCUUCAGCUGCUGCAACCCUAGCUCUCCACGGCCCUGCAUCCAACAGCAAAUAACCAACAACUCAGCUCACUACAGCUAUGAGCACUACACCGAAGAGCUAAACAUCUGGAAACGUGGCUGUCGAGACGCUCUAGUGUCCUACUAUGGUGGAAUGAUGAACAUUAUUGGGAUACUUGUGCUGAUUGUCACUCUCUUGCAAAUUUCUGUAAUGAUUGGACUUCAAUAUGUAAACACCUCUCUGUCCACGCUGGUCAACCCAGAAGACCCUGAGAGUGAGAGCGAGGGCUGGAUCCUGGAGAAGACUGUCAAAGAGACCUUCACUGACAUCAUGGCUAAAAUGAAGGCCAUGGGCAAAGGCAAUCAAGUGGACGAGGGGGCAAAUGAAGAGGCUGUUACCACUGUGAGCUGAGCAAACCCCGCCCAUCAAACUUUGGCCACUCCUACCUGAGGUAGAGAGCUGUGUGACACAGCGUAAAACUGUAACUAUAUCUACACAAAUACACAAAGUGUAGACAAAGCCAAUUAAUGAGGAACUGGUGAAGAAAAAAAUCUAAAUGCAAACCUUUGUCAGUCAGACACUUUUCUUUAAUUAAAUUUGUAUAAUAGAAACCCAUAUUAUGGUGAAAUUAAAAAAGAAAAAAAAACAUUAAUAUCCAAAUGAUUGACUUGUAAAGAUUGACUU